AUGCCAGCAACAAGCGCCAAACCCCUCAGCGCCUUCGAGCGCAAACGGCGCGAAAACCGCCAAGCCAACAUCGAGCUAAUAAGCGAGCUCGCCGAAGUAGCAACCAACAUCCUGCCGACGCCUCCCCCACCCGCCGCGCACGCCAAACACCCGCGACGAAAACGAUCCCCCUCGGCGCCCGUCAAGCGCGAGCAGCCCCUCCGACGAACCCGAGCGAGCGCGCGCUUAGCGGGAAUCGAGGCCGAUAGCGAGGUGCAGAAGCGCAAGUUUGAAGAGGAGGCGGCGGCGGAAGCACAGAAGCAGGCUGCGAAGCGGAUGCGCGUUAGUGGGGAUCUUGUGUUGGGGAAUAUUGGGGUUGAGGGGAGGAAGUGGGAUAAUGAUGUGCAGGGGUUGAAGGAUAUUUUUAGGGGUGCGCAGCCGGGGGUGAGGACGUUUACGGAGGAUCAGAUUAAGGAGACGACGGAUGAGGUGUUGAAGAAGUUGAGGGUUAGGAUGGGUGGGUUGACGCUUUAUGAGAAGUGGGUGCCGAAUGAUAUCAAGCUGGUACCCCAACGAGUCUACAGCAUGGGCUUCCACCCCACCCAAGACAAACCCAUCAUCUUCGCCGGCGACAAAGAAGGCGCAAUGGGCGUCUUCGAUGCCUCCCAAGACGCCCCUGAAGACGAAGACCAAGAACCCCAAGUGUCCGCCUUCCACACCCACUCGCGCACCAUCUCCUCCUUCCUCUUCUCCCCCGCCGACGCCAACUCCGUCUACUCGGCCUCCUACGACUCCUCCAUCCGAAGACUCGACAUCGCAAAGGGCGUCUCGGUCCAGGUCUACGCGCCAGCCGACGUGUCCGAGGACGCGCCCAUCUCGGCGCUGGACAUGGCCCGCUCCGAUCCCAACGUUAUCUACUUUUCGACCCUCGAAGGCGUCGUGGGCCGCACCGACAUCCGCGAACCGGCGAAGAAGACGGACCAAUGGGUCCUCUCCGAGCACAAAAUCGGCGGGUUCUCGCUGCACCCUCUGCACCCACACCUCCUCGCCACCGCCUCCCUGGAUCGCACCGUCAAGAUCUGGGAUCUGAGGAAAUUCUCGGGCUCCGGCCACAAGAAGACACCCACCCUUGUGGGCGAACACGCCUCGAGGCUCUCCGUCUCCCACGCGGCCUGGAGUGCUGGCGGACAUCUAGCCACGUCGUCAUACGAUGACACGAUUAAGAUCUACUCGUUCGCCGACGCCGGAAAAUGGAAGCCCGGACAUACCCUCACCGAAAAGGAGAUGGAACCAGCCCACGUCGUACGGCAUAAUAACCAGACGGGCAGGUGGGUGACGAUCCUCAAACCUCAGUGGCAGCAGCAGCCCAAAGACGGCGUGCCAAAAUUUGUCAUUGGCAAUAUGAACCGCUUUGUGGAUGUGUUUGCUGCUGAUGGGAGCCAGUUGGCGCAGCUUGGGGGCGAUGGCAUUACGGCCGUGCCGGCAGUUGCGCAAUUUCAUCCGACGAUGGAUUGGGUUGCAGGAGGCACGGCGAGCGGAAAGCUCUGUCUCUGGAUGUGA